AUGGUGCAUAUAUUCAGCCUGCAUAGUGAUCAGCCGCCCUUCCUGGUUUUGGACGAGAUCGACGCCCACCUGGACCACUCCAACGUCCAGGCCUUGGCGAACUUCAUCUCGGACCUCGCUUGUCAGGCCAUCGUGAUCUCUCAGAAGGACCGCUUCUUUGUCCACGGGGAGGGCUUGGUGGGGAUCUCCAAGCGCAAGAAUACCUCAGUGGUUUUCACCAUGGACGUGGCCCGGCUGCGGAAGGCGGCGCAGCGCGAGGGGGAGCCGCUGCCACUGCAGUGA